AUGGAGACCAGCACCUUCCACCUUCCAGUAAGAGAGUUGACGAUCACACUGGAUGAUGUGCCGUUACUCCUCCAUCUACCUAUCAGUGGCGCCUUCCACAACUUUCAUGCUCUUUUUGUAGACGAGGCGGUAUUUUUGUUGAUAGAGUUGCUUGAGGUGUCUGGUGAGGAGGCUAGAGCCGAGACAGCACGAUCACGCGAGGCAUAUGUACGACUGGGAUGGAGUGCAACAUAUGUUCAUGUGGUGCAUCUAGAGGCUUUUCGCGACCUGGGUCAGAGUGGUGGUUGUGCCUGGGGAGUUAUCGCGCUGGUUCAUAUGUAUGACCAGUUAGAUGAAGCUUCUAGGACCACGACAUGGCAGAUUGGGGGGUACCUGACUUUAUUACAGAUCUAUGAGCACUUUCCGAGUGUGCAUCAGUGCGUUACAGAUGAUGCGUAUGAGGAGACGUCCCCACGUGCUUCCCGGUGGCUGAUGACGAAGGCGCAUAUGAAGGGAAUUACAGGAGCACCGUACCGGGCACGUUGUGAUGCUUUGACAGUCACAGAUGUGUGUUGGUUGCCUUACAGUGAGCAUCGAGGGGUUAGGGGGUUUGAGCUGAUUUCAUCGUUCCAGGGUCAGCUGAGAUGGGGUCCUAUGGUGGUCACAGUUCGAUCAGAAAGGGUGCUACGCCAGUUUGGUUACAUUCAGAGCAUCCCUCCGUCGCUUGUUAGCGCUUCGUUGUCAUAUGAUGAUAUAGAUGACAGGUGGAUGCAUUUUGUGGACCACGUAGUAGCUGUGGGUGAGCUUUGUGUAGUGCCUAGGUAG